AUGGAUCCGACCACACUCAAAAGACAGCGCGGGGUAGUAAAAAGCUCCUGCACUCGCGUCAGAACUUACUUAGAGUCACUUACGGACUCGAUUACACUCUCGAUAGUAGCUCAACACGAAGAGCGAAAAAAGAGGUUAGACGACUGUUGGUCGGAAUACAAUGCGUUGCAAUCUCAAUUAGAAGCGCAUGACGAGGCCGAAUCCAGCGAUCGGGCCAAUUUCAAAGAAACAUUUAUUACGAUAUCGGCCAAGAUCAAAGAGCUAUUACGGACGCCGGCACAAGCUAACAUCGAGUCAAUCCCUUCGACCUCGCAUGGCACGACUGAUUCUAGAUCUUAUGUUAAAUUACUCAAGCUAAAUCUUCCGACGUUUUCAGGCAAAUAUGACAAGUGGUAUCCAUUUUUUAAUACGUUUCAAGCCGUGAUACAUUCAAACUCGUCAUUAAACACCAUUCAAACGCUUCAAUACUUGAAGACUUCUCUUACGGGCGAGGCGGCCAACGUCAUCGAGUCGCUAGAGUUUUCAGAUGCGAAUUAUGAUGUAGCGUAA